GGCGUGGGAGGCAACUUUUGUCAAUCUCAAAGCCAACUCCAUCAGUCAUCGCCAGCUCAAUGACACUCGUCUCACUGUCACUACACACACACUCUCAUUACCUAGUAAGAAACAGAUUCAAGUAACAGCAGCAAGCGACACGACUUGUUUGAAUCGCACUACACUGGCAUCAAAGCGACGAGAAAACCUCGACUGACCCCUCAUCUGAAGAAACCAUUACCCCAAGAAGAUAUACCUGAAGAGGGCACCUUUGACGUCGUCUCUCUCGAUCAGAGAACAGCCUCAUCGCACCACGUGGAACCUUUGAAAUAUCAAGACCCAGAAACACCGCUGAUAACAAUGUCUCUCCCUCUCCCAGAUCGCCAUACAUUCUACGCUGGACGUCCCCAACCAUCAUCCACGUCAUCCGGGACAUUCCAGUCAAUUGACCCAUCGACCGCUCAACCAGUAUGCAGCAUCCACACAUCGUCCACUUCAUCAAUAGACUCAGCAAUUUCUGCUGCCAAAUCAGCAUUCCCAUCAUGGUCGAGUACUCCGCCCAUUGAAAGAUCCCGGAUCUUGCUCAAAGCAGUCUCCCUACUUCGAGCUCGCAACGAUGAGCUGGCACGGAUCGAGACGAUCGAUACGGGAAAGCCGUUCUCGGAGACUUCGACUGUCGACGUCGUGACGGGUGCCGACGUUCUCGAAUACUUCGCCAACUUGGUGGCCUCGGGGGGUUUGAACGGCGAGGCUUUCCGACUACGAGACUCCGCAUGGGUGUACACAACCAAUGAGCCCUUGGGUGUGUGCGCCGGCAUUGGAGCCUGGAACUAUCCCAUCCAGAUUGCGUUGUGGAAGUCGGCGCCCUGUCUUUCCGCUGGCAACACCAUGGUCUACAAACCGUCCGAAGUCACGCCAUUGCACGCCCAGUUCUUGGCCCAGAUUUACCGCGAAGCCGGCCUCCCCGACGGAGUUUUCAACGUCGUAUACGGAGCAGGCGAAGUCGGUGGCUAUCUGACCAAGCACCCAGACAUUGCCAAGGUCAGUUUCACCGGCCAGGUCUCGACCGGACGCAAGGUCGCCGGUGCAGCCGCUGGCGAGAUGAAAUACGUCACCAUGGAAUUAGGAGGGAAAAGUCCUGUCAUCGUCCUGCCCGACGCAAAUGUCGAGCAAGCCGUUGAUGGUGCCAUGAUGGCCAAUUUCUUCAGCACAGGGCAAGUCUGCACCAACGGCACCAGGGUCUUUAUCCCGGCAGCGAUGAAAUCAGCGUUUGAGAAAACAUUACUCUCCAAAAUCAAGUAUAUUCGUGCAGGAGACUUGGCUGAUCCAAACACCAAUUUUGGUCCGCUAGUCAGUAAGUUACAUUACGAGAAAGUGGUCAGCUAUAUCCGACACGGCACCGACAAGGACAAGGCGCGAUUACUGUGUGGAGGACCAGGUCAACCGUCAAAUCUUCCAUCGAAUUUGAAGAAUGGGUUCUGGGUGACGCCAACCGUCUUCACUGACUGUACUGAUGAGAUGAAGAUCGUCAAGGAAGAGAUCUUUGGCCCUGUGAUGACGAUUCUGACCUACACGAACCUCGACGAAGCAGUACGACGGGCCAACAACACGGAGCUAGGUCUCGCUGCCGGUGUCUUUGGAAAGGAUAUCAAUGAGGCCCACCGUGUCAUCAAGCAAUUGCAAGCUGGCAUCACUUGGGUCAACACCUGGGGUGAAAGUCCUGCUGAAAUGGCUGUCGGUGGAUGGAAGCAGAGCGGCGUGGGCGUGGAAAAUGGUCGUAAAGGUCUCGAGGCUUGGGUCCGCAAUAAAAGCACUUUGGUUGAGAUGGGAGGCGAGGUGCCCACUGUCUUCACGGAACCAAUCACUUCGAAACUGUAGCAUACUGCGAUGAUGGUAAUGAGAACAAACAUGUAGUAAACAAAUAGGAAAUUCCAUGGUUGUAUUCCUACCGUUGUAGGCUCGGUAUAGUUUUGUAUUCAAUUUCAAAGAGUCAA